GCAACAGCUCAACAGAAUGAGACGCUGUUGGCAGCACAUGGGAACAACCUGUCGGCUGUUUUUCCAACAAAGACAUCGUUAAUUCCUUUAUUUUUUUCGAAGCAUCCGAACCAUAAAAGAAAACAUGACAUCUCCUCAGAGAAAUCCAAAAGACCUCAAAACGAUGAUCAUAGACACCAAACAGGACAUGGACGAUGUCCACCAAGCCUUGGAAAAGCUGAGGGGACUUUCGCAUGACGAACGGACCGAGGCGGAUAUGCUGCGCUCCAGGAUUGACGAGCAGUCCAGCCUGAUCUGCAUCCUGAAGCAGCGGGCGGAUGAGAUGCUGCUGCGCUGUCAGGCCCUCGAGCGCAUCAACGGUGAGCUGGAGAUGCUUCAGACCGCCGUGCAGGCCGAAUUGGAGAGCGAGCGUGAGAGGUCAGCACAGCUGGAGAAAAGGUUCAUGGACCUUGCCGCCAACCACAGGGAGCUGAUCAGCUUCAAGGACGAGUAUAAGAGGCGGAAUGCCGAGUUGACCAAGGAGAACAGGAGGCUUCGGGAGGAGAAUGAGAAACUGUUCAGUAGGGAGCUCCAGAUGAAGGAGGAGACCAUCCUGAAGCUGACCCAUGAGCUGAGAGAACUCGCUGAGCAACACAGACACUUGGAGAAAGAAUAUCAGGACAAAACAAUUGGGUUCCAGAUGAAGAUAAAGGAGUUAAUGAAUCAGCAUCAGAUUAAAGAAGCUUCCUUGCAGGAUGAGCUGCACAACACUCGGAAACAGCUGAAGAACGCAGAGGAGAUGUGUGCAGAGAUGGAUCUGAAACUCAGGCAAAGUCUUGAAAGAGGCAUAAUGAAGGAAACAGAAACACAGGAGAAGCUUGAAGAACUCGUGAAAGAGAAGAAUGAGUUACUGGAGCUUUCCAUGCAAAGAGGGAAAAUUAUCCAGGAUAAACAAGUGGAAAUCCAGGAGUUGGAAAGGAAGAAGCAGGAAGCAGAACUUGCCAGAAAGGAUGCAGAGAACAGGUUUGAGAGGGAAGCUACUGCAGUGAAUGGGGAGCUGCGGGUGAAGGCACUCCAGCAUGCUCUUGAUCAGGCACAGGACACAUGCGGUGCUCUUAAGAAGGACUUUGAGGCAUAUAAAAAGCACAGCAGUGACUUGUUGGCAAAGGAAAUGGAGUUAAAUGCCAAACUUCGUCACAUGAUCAACUGAGCUUUCCAUCAUCCCAUAUCCAUCAACUCCAUCUGUGUGAUUAAAAAGAGCUGUUUGUCUGUCAUCAUAAUUGCAUGAUACAUGAUAGCCAUAGACCACUUAGAAAACCGUCUGAAGAACCAUUAUUUGCAAGGUUAAAAACAUGAAAUGAGACACUGACUAGCAUUUAUUGUUUUCAUAGUGAUUUUGCAAAACCAAAAAAUAAUGCCUUGAAAUAAAUUUUGCAUCUUAUUUGUUAAAUAGUAGGAAUGCCUCAGAUAAAUCAAAGAAGACAAGUAUGAUUAAACCAACUCGAACCAACUUUUCAACGCCUAUGCAAAAUAAUUCCUAGGGGAAAAAAUCCUAGGAAAAUAUUAGUGUACCUACUUUUAAAUCUUUAAAUUAUCAAUCAUUUAGAAGUGUCUCUGCUGGAGGGAGUAAGCUGAACCGUUGGUAAAAGCAGUAUUAGAAUGGGCUUGUCCUAAUUAUGGCGCAUUGUCAGUAAUUGUCCACUAGAGGGCAUUGCAAACUUGUUCAACAUGCGGUUAAUGUUUAGUAGAUAAUGUAAAUCUCCCAAAAGUAAAUAAAUAAAUAAAUACCUGCUUAUAUAUCUACAGAUAUACUUGUGCUUAGCCUGGUAAACGUGGUGUUAACACUCAAUAGUGGUAAGUUCAGAAAAAUAACACUUAGUAUAGGUCCAACAGCCUACACUUGAACUACCCUUAAGACUAUGCCUAUGAAAGAAUGUUCGAUGAGACUUUAUAUUCAUAUUGUACCGAGGUUAAUAAUUCAGCUUCAUUAAAAUGUAAACAUAAAAUGGUCUCCUUCCAUUUUUCAAGUGUUAGUUAGUAUUCCCAUUCAUAGUAGGUUUGGGAAGUUGACACUAACUGAUGUCUAACAGUCAUAGAUCAUGAAAUAAACUUGAUGAAACUGUGUUGAUGAAAUAAUACAUUAUUUACUGUCACACUUAGGAAUACAAUCCUACUCUGCAUAAGAAACAACUAAUAUGGUUCACCAGUAAAAUAAAUAAAAUUAAUGCAGUUAACUACUAACCCUGUACUAGUUAGUAUAAUAAUUGUUCUUCUAUAAGGUAAUGUCUGUAACAGUGAAUUAUUGCUGGAACACAACUAUAUAUGUGUAGUGUUAGGCUAAUUUAAGGUGUGUAGUUGACAAUGAACGUGUUCAAAUAAUAGUACUUUUUCUGAUGUUUGAAAAAUUGAAAAAACUUAGUAAUUUCAGGGUCAUUUUCAGUCUAAUACACAGGCAAAUAUCUCAGAUUACAGAGAAUUUAUACAGUUAACUGUAUAAUGGUCAGUUUUUCUGUGUGUUGGUGUUUUGUUAUGUGGAACAUCUGGAUGCUUUUGAAGCAGUGAAACUCUUGCUCACUGUCUCUCCAGAGCGCAGGUUACCCAUCAUCUUCUACACACUUAGGAAACCUCGCCUUCUGGAUCCUUUUUUUGUUAUUCAUACUCUAAAUUUUUUCAUUCAUGUCAUAUAGAAAUAUAAUUUCUAUAUUAACUUCUAAUAAUAUAUUUGUCAUUGGUAAUUUUAGAUGAACGUUUUUAGCUUUUAGUGCAUGAUAAAUUCUUUUGUGACAUCAGUGACUGGUAACUAUUAAAGUUUGUUACAAUGUCUACAUGUACAGGAAAAAAAAAACAAUGUGAUAUAUAUGGGUAUAUCAGCCUUUGUUCAGUGUAUUUUUGCAAAUACUGUAAUUUCAUUACUUUUUUCUAUCAUGACAGACUUAUUGAAUCUUUUUUUCUUGUAUCUGUGAUUAGAGCAAGUGCCAUUAGCUAACUAACCUCUGCUAAACUUUCUUCAUGUCUUAGAAAGUUAUAGUAAAGUAAAACAUAGUUUUGCAGAGUAUCCAGAGCAGCUUGCUAAAGUGCUUUAGUCCUUUACUCAGAAAUGUAUCCCUCACUAACAUAAAUAGGUUAGAGUCCAAAAAUACUUAAACCUCUUGAGAUUGUGUCAUGUAACAUUACUUGGUGUUCUGUGACUUUUUUCUGCCUUUUAUAUGUAUAUCUUUCUGUCCACAUAUGUUUCAGCAGUGUGUUGAAUGGUCACCGGCACAGCGUGGAAUCCUGUGCUGUCUCACGUGCAUAUGCAUAUCGUUGUCUCAUAUGUUGCAUCAGGUUGAGACAAGUUUGUGUUUGCAGCAUGAAUGGGAUUUCACCUGCCCUUUACUCCUUUGACCUCUUACUGGACAGUUUAAACCUACUAAAUUUCAUUGCCAUUGACUCCAUCUGACCUCUAUGACCAUCUGUUCCUCAGAAAUGCUGAGAAUGGCAUGCUUUGCCCCAUUCACCUUACACAGGAAUCACUGGAACUCUUCACAUUCAUUUAAAACAUUCUGCGCUGAUUCUGCUGUCAUGUCCACCAAAUGCGCAUUUGCUCUUACAUGUUUAACAAGGAUCAGACUGUUAAUAUGACUUUUCUGUCUGCAAGAACCAAUUCUAAUGGAAAUCUAAAAAGCAAAGUAUUAAAGCUAAAGAAUGACUGUGUUCUUUUUGUAUUCCUUAAGCUGAAUGAUUUGUAAUCUAGAGAACAUAG